AGGUUACACCACUACACCCUCUUGGCUCUCAUGAAAAUGGAAGCUAAAUCUUCACUUUAUGCUUUCAUCUUGAUCUUUGGCCUUCUACUUACGCAUGGAAUCACUGAAGUUGUUUCUGGGUCUUCCCUAGAUGCAGUUCCUUCUCAUUUUCCCUACAAAUUUAAGGUAGCGUCUAACAAGUACGAAGGUAAAUUACUACGACCACCCCAGCCCAAAUAUACCUCCUAGGCAACGUCAUCCGGGUCGACCUCCUCGUCCUUUUCGGCAGAUUCCUCCAACAACACUGUCCCGCUCCUCACUGAAUCCUCCAUUUCACUUCAAAAGUCCUCCUUCUAAUUAAUUAGUUUUCUCCACCACCACGGUCCCGUUGACCGCCAUCUCGGCCACAGUACGUCUUCGCUAGAAAGUGGAUGGGAGCAUGUGUAGGGGGUUGUGGUACUCAGAUGAAUGUGAGUGGGUUAUGAAGGAGUCAAUCGGUGCUUCAGGGGGAUUACUGUGUGUUUGGAAUAAUGUUAAUUUUGUUAAGUUAGGGGAGUUUGCUGGAGAUGGUUUUCUGGGUAUUGAUGGGGUUUGGGGAUCAGGAAAGGUGUUAUGUCAUUUCGUGAAUGUGUAUGCUCCACAGGAUAAGUAUAAAAAAGUGAGGCUAUGGGAGGAGUUGGGUAAUAUGGUUUUGGAAAAGGGAGGUUGCUGGAUGAUAGCAGGCGAUUUUAAUGCCGUUAGAUGCCCUGAAGAAAGGAGAGGAAGAACUGGAGAAUGCCCAGAGAUGGAGGAGUUUAAUGUAUUUAUUGAGUCAUCAGGUUUGGUUGAUAUCAGACUGGCGAAUCGACGAUUUACAUGGUACCGACCGGAUGGUUCUUCUAUGAGUCGGUUGGAUAGAUUUUUGAUGACAGAGGAGAUGUAUAGUUUGGGGUGUGAGUGGGUGCAGCAGGGGUUGAAACGGACUGUAUCCGACCACUGUGCUGUUAUCUUGAAAACAAGUAAUGCAGAUUGGGGUCCAAAGCCAUUUAGAGUAUUAGAUGCUUGGCAGCAGCAUCCAGAUUUUAAAAAUGCAGUGGAAGGCAAGUGGCGAGAGAUAGAGGUUGGAGGGUAUGCAGGCUAUCGCUGUAAACAGAAGUUAAAGUUGCUGAAGGAAUUUUUAAAGGGUUGGAAUAGGGAUGUGUUCGGGGAUGUGGAGGCUCAAUUUGUAAAGGCAACUGCAAUGGUAGAAAAGAUUGACAAGAGGAAUGAAGAUUUUGAGCUGGAAGAGUUUGAGGUGCGCCAACGUCAAGAAGGAGUUCAAGAAAUAUGGGAUGUUUUGAGCAAAAAGGAAGCUAUAUGGAGGCAAAAAUCGAGAUGUAAUUGGGCGCGGUUGGGAGAUGCGAACACCAGUUUUUUUCACAAGAUUGCCAAUGGCAGGAGGGCUCAGAAUAAUAUACUGGGGCUCUCGUGUGACGGUAGAUGGGUGGAGGAGCCUAAAUUGGUAAAGAGGGAGGUAGCCAAAUAUUUCUCUGCUUUGUUCCAAGGUGAAUCAUGGAACAGGCCUAAGCCUGCUGGUGUUAGUUUUCGGCAAAUCUCUAAGGAGAAAAAAGAAUGGCUGGAAAGACCAUUUUCAACUGAAGAGAUUGAAGAAGGGUUAAGAUGUUGUGAAGGGUCUAAAGCACCUGGUCCAGAUGGCUAUAAUUUUAACUUUCUCAAGUUUGCCUGGAACAUUAUAAAGGAGGACUUCGUGAGCUUCUUCAAUGAAUUUCAUCGAAAUGGCAGGUUAGUAAGAGGUUUAAACUCUUCCUUUUUGACUCUGAUCCCUAAGAAGCAUAACCCUACAGAAUUGAAGGAUUAUCGUCCUAUUAGUCUAAUUGGGUGUGUAUAUAAGUUAUUGGCUAAGGUGUUAGCUAAUAGACUCAAGGCUGUGAUGUCGGAGAUAAUUAGCGAGACUCAAUCUGCUUUUUUGGAGGGGCGGCAAUUGGUAGAUAGUGUGUUAGCUCUAAAUGAAGUUGUGGAUGAAAUUAAGAAGAGCAAACAAAAGGCUUUUGUUUUCAAAGCUGAUUUUGCGAAAGCAUAUGAUUGUGUUGAUUGGGCAUUUUUGGAUUGGAUGAUGGAAAGGUUCGAGUUUGGGUCUAGGUGGCGAGGGUGGAUUAUGGAGUGCUUAUCGACCGCAAAGGUUUCAGUCUUGGUUAAUGGCAGUCCGACUGAGGAGUUUGAGAUUGGAAAAGGCUUACGACAGGGUGACCCAUUGUCUCCUUUUUUGUUUUUGAUGGUUGGUGAGGGUUUACAUGGUUUACUUCGAAAAUCAGAGUCGGAGGGGUUGUUUAGGGGGGUUGAUAUUGGGAAGAGGGGUUUGGUUGUAUCUUUGCUUCAGUUUGCCGAUGAUACAGUGAUUGUGGGUAAAGCCGAUGGGGAGAAUGUUUUUAUGGUUAAAACCGUAUUACGAUGGUUUGAGUUGAUGUCGGGGUUGCGGAUUAAUUUUGGUAAAAGCAGUGUUUAUGGCUUUAAUGUAUCGACAAGGUGGUUGAAUGGGAUGGCUUGUUCUUUACGGUGUGGCGUUGGGAAAACACCUUUUUUGUAUUUGGGUCUGCCUGUUGGAGGUAAAUUUGGAAGCAAAAAAUUGUGGGAACCAGUGGUAAAUAAGUUUCGUGCCAAACUUGCCGUCUGGAAGUCUGCCUUGUUGUCUUUUGGCAGCCGCAUCACUCUGCUCAAUUCGGUACUCUCUGCUUUACCCAUUUUUUACAUGUCUCUAUUUCUAAUUCCUAGUUCUGUGAUUUCUGAAUUGAUUACAAUCCAAAGGGGAUUUCUGUGGGGUGGAGCUGAAUUGAAUAGGAAAAUUCCAUGGGUUAAAUGGGAUAUUGUUUGUGGCAAUAAGGCGCAGGGAGGUUUAGGGGUGUCGGAUUUGCGAAGGAAAAAUUGGGCAUUAUUAGGGAAGUGGUGGUUCCAGUUUGGUGAUGGUGUGGGGAGUUUGUGGAAGCGGGUAGUGAGGGAUAAAUAUUAUGAGGGUCGCUGUGAGGUGGAUAUUACAGCAUUUGAUAGUUUAAGAGUGUCGAAGCUGUGGAAGGAUAUUAUUAGUAUUGGGGGGAGAUCAGUAAGGCUGAGGAAUAUGUUGGGGAAUGGGUUUAGAUGGAAGGUGGGGUGUGGAAGUAGGGUGGGUUUUUGGAGGGAGAAAUGGGUGGGGGAUAAAUCCUUAAGGGAUUUAUGCCCUAGAUUGUAUGCUUUGGCUGCGAAUAAGGAAGGCUCGGUUAGUGAUAUGGGGAAAUGGGAUGGGGAUAGGUGGCAGUGGAAUAUGAAAGGAAGGGAGGAUGUUUGGACUUGGGUACAUGAUCCAGGAGGGAAAUACUCGGUUAGGACAGCAUAUGAAUUUUUGUCUCCUGAGGAGCGUCAUCUUGAUUCCCAAUUGUGCAGGCUUAUUUGGUGCAGCAAGAGGGAUCUUUGUGUGGUUUGUGUCAUGAGGUGGUGGAGGAGGUUAAUCAUUUAUUUUGCACUUGCAGGGAAGCUUGAAAGAUUAAAUGCAAAGGCCAUUCUGAAAUAUGGAGAGGAUACAACUACAUGGCCAACAGCAGUUGACGCCCAGCUCUUGUCUCAAGUUUCGGGUGGACCUUCAAAAGAUGGGCGACUUUAUGGCAUACCUAUAUACAUGGAUCCUGAGGAGCAAGGGGUCUCACACCGCAAGCGUCCGUCGCAUACCAUACCUGAUAAUUCUGUUCAGUCAUCCCAACGGGUGGUCCAAUUGCAACAGACUGUAACAGAAUUACAAGAUAAUCAACUGACAUUACAAGAGAAGGUUGAGAGGAUGGAGAGAAUGUUUUUUAUAAUGCAGGGAGGGAUGCAGGGAAUGAUGCAAGGAUGGAUGGAGGGAGGGAUGCAGGGAUGGAUGCAAGGAGAUGUAGGGGCUGGGACAAAUGGGGGAGCAUAAUUGGCAUUGUUUUCACUCAGUUGAUCUUUAUAUCAGAACAUCUUCUAUUAUUAUAUAUGAAAUGGACAUGUAUGAGAUAGGGACAUAGUGCUGUAAUUAGCUAGUAUUUUAUAUUAAAACACUUUAAUUAUG